ACGCGACGUAACCGGAUCAACAUCGGCUUCUCCUGCCGGUAUCCCAAGACCGUCAGCAUUUCCAACUAUUACCAGAUCCACAGCUCCAACUACAUGUUCACAGAGUCCAACUUUGGGAGCUUCGGCUACACCUUUGAGGUCUUCAAGGACAGUAAGUUCACCCAGAAGGUGGAUCCCAGUGCUUACCCAGUGAAGGUGAAGCUAAUGGACAGGCUGUACAUGGGCAUCCAGGCCCAGGCCGAUCUGCCCAAGGUACAGCUGUUGGUGGAGUCUUGCAAAGCCACUCCGGAUGACAGCGCCAGCAGCAGUCUCUUCUAUGACCUCAUCAAAGACGGGUGUCUAAAGGACGAGACAGUCAAGGUUUAUCCCGGGAACCGAACCCAAUUCUACUUUGAGGUCCAGGCCUUCAAAUUCACUGGGAGCUACGACCAGGUGUUCCUCACCUGUACCGUCAUCCUGUGUGAGGUAGGAAACCCCAACUCUAGGUGUGACCAGGGCUGCCUGAACAAAGCCUCGCGGAGGCGCAGGCGAGAUCUCCCCAACGGAGAGACAGACAGGCACUACAUUACCCAGGGUCCUUUCCGUGUGGUCAGAGAGACCCAGCCCAGUGCAGACCAGAAGACAGGUGCAGGUGAAAAGACCCGUGCAGCUCCUGUUGUAGAUGUGGAAGCUACAUAUUUUCUCAGAUCGGACAUGGGAACCAUCGUCUUCGCCGGGCUGUUCAUCAUGACCUUGAUUCUGCUGACAGUGGUCGUGGUCUAUUUUUUGAAGAAGAGCAGAGCUGAAGAACAUGAGGCUCUCAUUGCAUAUGAUUAGAGAAAUGUAACUGGAUUUGUGCCUGACCAGGGUCACUUCUGGUUUACCAAAAGUAAAGCACACCUUUCUUUUAGUUUAACUUUAAACAACAAAUGAACACUAGUUUACAUACUGAAUACAAUAACAUUAACUACACAAAUGAACACUAGUUUACAUACUGAAUACGGUAACAUUAACUACACAAAUUAACACUAGUUUACAUACUGAAUACAAUAACAUUAACUACACAAAUUAACACUAGUUUACAUACUGAAUACGGUAACAUUAACUACACAAAUUAACACGAGUUUACAUACUGAAUACAAUAACAUUAACUACACAAAUUAACACUAGUUUACAUACUGAAUACGGUAACAUUAACUACACAAAUUAACACUAGUUUACAUACUGAAUACGGUAACAUUAACUACACAAAUGAACACUAGUUUACAUACUGAAUACGGUAACAUUAACUACACAAAUUAACACUAGUUUACAUACUGAAUACAGUAACAUUAACUACACAAAUUAACACUAGUUUACAUACUGAAUACGGUAACAUUAACUACACAAAUUAACACUAGUUUACAUACUGAAUACAAUAACAUUAACUACACAAAUUAACACUAGUUUACAUACUGAAUACAAUAACAUUAACUACACAAAUGAACACUAGUUUACAUACUGAAUACGGUAACAUUAACUACACAAAUUAACACUAGUUUACAUACUGAAUACAAUAACAUUAACUACACAAAUGAACACUAGUUUACAUACUGAAUACAAUAACAUUAACUACACAAAUGAACACUAGUUUACAUACUGAAUACAAUAACAUUAACUACACAAAUUAACACUAGUUUACAUACUGAAUACGGUAACAUUAACUACACAAAUGAACACUAGUUU